GUGUUUUUCUAAGUUGAUAAUUGUUAAUUUUUCAACAUUAAUGGCUGAUUUUGGUGACUAUUUUGGGUUGCUUUUCAUUUGGCUAGCCUCCAUCUUCAUUUUACGUGUAAUAUUAUUCACAAAGUCUCGCAUCAAGUCACGUCUACCCCCAAGUCCUAGAGCCCUCCCUGUGUUAGGACACCUCUACCUCCUCACCAAGCUCCCCCACCAAGCAUUCCACAACAUCUCAAUACGUUAUGGUCCUUUGGUCUACCUCUUGUUCGGUUCCAAGCCUUGUGUUCUUGUUUCAUCACCCGAAAUGGCAAGACAAUGCCUCAAAACCCACGAAACAUGUUUCCUAAACCGACCCAAAAGAACCAAUUUGGACUACAUCACAUACGGUUCUUCAGAUUUUGUGUUGGCACCCUAUGGACCCUAUUGGAGCUUCAUGAAGAGGCUUUGCAUGACUGAACUCCUCGGUGGCCGCAUGCUUCACCAGCACCUUCCCAUUAGAGAAGAAGAAACAAAGCUGUUUUUUAAGAGUAUGAUGAAAAAGGCUUGUUUUGGAGAGGAGGUGAACAUAGGGAAGGAGCUAGCCAUGUUGGCAAAUAACAUAAUCACAAGGAUGGCUUUGGGAAGAAGGUGUUGUGAUGAUGUUGAAGGGGAGGGGGACCAAUUGAUUGAGUUGGUGAAAGAGAUGACUGAGCUAGGUGGGAAGUUCAACUUGGGAGACAUGUUGUGGUUUGUUAAGAGGUUGGAUUUGCAGGGGUUUGGUAAAAGGCUUGAGAGUGUUAGGAGUAGGUAUGAUGCCAUAAUGGAGAAGAUCAUGAAGGAGCAUGAAGAUGCAAGAAAGAAGGAAAUGGGUGGAGAUGAAGCAGUGAGGGAUUUACUUGAUAUUCUACUUGAUAUCUAUAAUGAUGAAAGUUCAGAGAUUGGAUUAACGAGAGAAAAUAUCAAGGCCUUCAUUAUGAACAUGUUUGGUGCUGGAACUGAGACAUCAGCCACUACAAUAGAAUGGGCUUUGGCUGAGCUAAUAAACCAUCCAGAUAUCAUGUUAAAAGCAAGGCAAGAGAUUGAUUCAGUGGUUGGUAAGAAUAGAUUGGUGGAGGAAUCAGAUAUUCUCAACCUUCCCUAUGUUCAGUCCAUAGUGAAGGAAACAAUGAGGCUUCACCCGACAGGGCCCUUAAUAGUGAGGCAAUCCACUGAAGACUGUAAUGUUAAUGGGUAUGACAUUCCAGCAUUGACCACUUUGUUUGUAAAUGUGUGGGCCAUUGGUAGGGACCCUAACUAUUGGGAAAAUCCACUUGAGUUUAAGCCAGAGAGGUUCCUUAACGAAGAGGGACAGAGUCCUUUGGAUCUGAAGGGGCAGCAUUUUGAACUUUUGUCAUUUGGAGCUGGGAGAAGAAGCUGCCCUGGUGCUUCACUAGCUUUGCAGAUUAUUCCCAACACCCUAGCUGGAAUGAUUCAGUGUUUUGAAUGGAAGGUUGGUGAAGAAGGGAAGGGAAUGGUUGACAUGGAAGAGGGACCAGGAAUGGCCCUUCCUAGGGCACAUCCCUUGCAAUGUUUCCCUGCGGCUAGACUCCAUCCUUUUGCUGAAGUCUAAUCUAUGCUUGUGCAUGUUUUAGUCUAUCCAUGCAUUUAAUUAAUGAAGAAAAAAAUACCCUUUUUUUUCUUGUGUGCAAAAUUAGCAUGAAAUGUUGCAUGAACUUAAACUCCAAACCAUAAUGAAGGGGCAAAUCAAAUUGUCAGUUGAUUCAUGCACAGGGUGUUGCAAGUGUGUUUGUUGUACAUGUAAACUAUAAUGUAGUUUGUUAUUUUCCUGCA